GACAGACCGAACAUAUAAGAAGGAAACCAGAGAUCUGGUGCUAUUACGUCCCCGAGUCUAAGGGAACGAAUAAGCACAGAAUUAAAAGCAUUUUCAGCCUGAAUUUUUAAGGGGUGCACUUAGGAACUAGGCAAGCUGAUUUAUGAUAACUAAGCUUUAAACUCCAACAACCAAAGGUGUAAGAAUUAGGAGCUGCUGACAUUUCAGUCAAUAUGAAGGACAACUUCACCCUUGCCACCACCAUCAGCAAAAACAUUACCAGCAGUCUUCACGUCGGACUUGUGAACAUUUCUGGCAAUGAGUCUACCUUUAACUGCUCCCAUAAGCCAUCAGAUAAGCAUUUAGAUGCAAUUCCUAUUCUCUACUACAUUAUUUUUGUGGUUGGAUUUCUUGUCAAUACUAUCGUGGUUACACUGUUUUGUUGUCAAAAGGGUCCUAAAAAGGUUUCCAGCAUUUACAUCUUCAACCUGGCUGUUGCUGACUUACUGCUUUUGGCUACUCUUCCUCUCUGGGCAACCUAUUAUUCUUACAGAUAUGACUGGCUCUUUGGACCUGUAAUGUGUAAGGUUUUUGGUUCUUUCCUGACCCUGAACAUGUUUGCGAGCAUUUUUUUUAUCACCUGCAUGAGUGUUGAUAGGUACCAAUCUGUCAUCUACCCCUUUCUGUCUCAAAGAAGAAAUCCCUGGCAAGCAUCUUAUAUAGUUCCACUUGUUUGGUGUAUGGCCUGUCUGUCCUCAUUGCCAACAUUUUACUUCCGAGAUGUCAGAACAAUUGAAUAUUUAGGAGUGAAUGCUUGCAUUAUGGCUUUCCCACCUGAGAAGUAUGCCCAAUGGUCAGCUGGGAUUGCCUUAAUGAAAAAUAUCCUUGGUUUUAUUAUCCCUUUAAUAUUCAUAGCAACAUGCUAUUUUGGAAUCAGAAAACACCUACUGAAGACCAAUAGCUAUGGGAAGAACAGAAUAACUCGUGACCAAGUCCUGAAGAUGGCAGCUGCUGUUGUUUUGGCGUUCAUCAUCUGUUGGCUUCCCUUCCAUGUUCUGACCUUCCUGGAUGCUCUGGCCUGGAUGGGUGUCAUUAAUAGCUGUGAAGUUAUAGCAGUCAUUGACCUGGCACUUCCUUUUGCCAUCCUCCUGGGAUUCACCAACAGCUGCAUUAAUCCCUUUUUGUAUUGUUUUGUUGGAAACCGGUUCCAACAGAAGCUCCGCCGUGUGUUUAGGGUUCCAAUUACUUGGCUCCAAGGCAAGAGAGAGAGUGUGUCAUGCCGAAAAAGCAGUUCCCUUAGAGAAAUGGAGACCUUUGUGUCUUAAACAUGAGAGUGGAAUGCAUGUUAUCAACAUGGUUACUUGGUUUGAGAUCUCCCUGAAUUAUCUUUUAAUGGCUUUAGUAAAAUAACAGGUUCUUCCCCUUCAUGUAAUCUUCUCUCACUCUUCUAGAACAGGAAACCAAAUGUAACUCUGUUUUAUCCUCCAGUGACUUUCAAGAAUUGCCCACCUUUUUUUUUUUCUGGUCUAUCUGUACAAGACUGUCACUGGGGAGA